AUGGAGAACCUCAGCCUCAGUUUCCUCAACUUGCAAACAGGGCCUGUGCAAACGCCCAGUGGUCGGGGCCCUGUUUCCUCUCAGGCCCUGACAGGGGCAGUGAGCACCAUUAAGUUCUUCCUAUCUGAGGCCUUCCUGGGGCGGCACUUCGAGGCGGUGGAGUUGGAAGGCAAGGAGCCCGAGCCGGGAGACCUCUUCCUGUUCAGGCUGUUGUCCCCCACGGGACGCUGGUGCGGGGCCCACGUAGGAGUGUACUGUGGCCGCGGGGAGAUCAUCCAUUUCGAAGGGAGGAAUGUCGCCGGCCAAGGGCCUCACGCGUUUCUGGGCUCCUGCGAAGGCAUUGUAUCCAAACAGGGGCAGCGCCCGCUGCAGCGCUCCCGCUCGCUGUGGCGUGUGCUGCGUAGACGUGGCGGCGUUGACCCCGCGGCCCUGGAGCGCCGUGUGCGCGAGGCCAUGGACGCCGACCCGCCCCCCUAUCACCCCACGCGCAGCAACUGCGUGCACUUUGCGCUGCGUCUGCUCGGCCCCGGGCCCACCCUGGACCCCCUGCGAAUAGACGGCAGUCCUGUUAGCUCGGUGAGUGUGGCUCCCUUACCCAGGCACGACCCCAUCCCGCCUCCGCCUCCACAGCCAGUUAACAAACAGGGCUAACCUCAAACUCAAGAUCCACUUUACUCUGCCGGACCCAAAGCACCCAGAGACAAAGCAGGCCUGCCAACUCGAAGUUCCACUUCUCUAAAACUCUUUUGGGCCCACUCCAGGAAGGCCCCAGCUCACAGAUCUUGGGCACAUCUAUUUCCUCCAGCCUACCAGCUUCCAAACCCGGACGCUGCGCUGGUCCUUGUUAACCCCCUUUUGCAUUCCCCCAGCAGAACCUACCUACGGAGCCCAUCUUUCUGGCCAUUUACACCCAGGCCCACAAAUUCUGGUUCUGAUCCCACACCUGGUACCUAGUCCAGAUCAAGACUCAGCCCUAUGAACUCCUGCUCUCCAAGUCAAGCCCUCCUCACCACCUCCUCCUCCUCCGCCUCCUCCUCCUCCUCCAAACCCAGCCAAGAGACCUCAGCCAUC